UUUGAGAUUCAGCCAUUGAUUUCACAUUGCAUCCUUUCCAUAAGGUGUUUAGUUGAACUAUUGAAUUGACACUUCACCAAGUUAUAGAACUCUAUAGUGACUUCUAUCAAUUUCCAUUCAAUAAAUUCUCCCACCUGGAAAUGUAAACUCAUCAAACGCACACAGUGGCUUAGCCGGAAAACCCAACGCCCACCACCUCUCCAAAUGUCUAAAACAUCCCCAGCAUCUCUUCAAAUGAUACUCUCUCUCCUCAUUUUCACCCUACCCUUCCAUGGAAAUUCACAGACCACCACUGAUCCGGAGCAAGCAAUCCUACUGAAGCUCAAACAACAUUGGUCCAAUCCACCCUCCAUCAAGCACUGGAACUCAACCUCAACCCACUGUACAUGGCCGGAGAUCACCUGCAGCGGUGGCUCCGUAACCGGACUCUCACUCCGUGACAAAAACCUCACAGAAACAAUCCCACCUUUCAUUUGUGACCUCCAAAACUUGACCCUUCUCCAUCUUCAAAAUAAUAACAUCUCGGGACCGUUCCCUACGGUUCUCUACAACUGUUCCAAGCUUCAAAAACUCGACCUUUCUUCUAACAAGUUUGUUGGCCCAAUUCCCGGCGACAUCCACCGGUUGUCCUCUCUCCAGGACCUCAAUCUCGCCUACAACAAAUUCACCGGCCACAUUCCCGCCUCAAUUGGCCAGUUGUCCGAGCUCGGUACUCUUCAGAUGGCUUACAAUGAGUUUGCGCCAUCGAUAAUACCUUCGACUUUUAUGCAGUUGAAGAAACUAAAAAUUUUGUGGAUGUCCAUGGCGAAUUUGGUCGGAGAAAUCCCGGAAACAAUCGAGAAUUUGACGGUCUUGGAGCUCUUGGACUUGUCGGCAAACCAGUUGAGUGGUAACAUUCCUAGUGGGGUGUUUUUGUUGAAGAAUUUGACUAUUCUGCAUCUUCACAGAAACCAAUUGCUCGGGGUAAUUCCCAGAUAAGUUGAAGCUUUGAGCUUGAAUGUGAUUGAUUUAUCAGAAAAUGAAUUGACCGGUACAAUACCGGAUGAAAUCGGAAAACUGAUGAAACUGACUUAUUUGGCUCUGUUUAACAAUCAACUUUCCGGCGAAGUGCCACAAAGCAUUGGCCGCCUUCCGGCGUUGCAAGUUAUAAAGUUGAUGGGCAACAAUCUAUCAGGAAAAUUGCCACCGGACUUCGGGCGACACUCAAUGCUUAGAGAAUUUAAAAUCUCAGCUAAUUGGUUUAUAGGCCAAUUGCCGGAGUAUUUAUGCGCAAACGGAGUGCUGGAAGCUGUCACAGCAUUUGACAACUAUUUGACCGGUGAAUUGCCAAGUUCACUUGGGAAUUGUUGGAGUUUGAAAGUUGUUCGGGUUCAUGGUAAUCGACUUUCUGGCCACAUUCCGGCUGGUUUAUGGACAUCAAUCAGUUUGACAUGGUUGCUGAUAAGUCACAACCAGUUUUCCGGUAAAAUUCCAGCUGGGAUUUCCUCAUUGAGGAAUUUAACUGUGUUUGAAGCAAGCAACAAUCACUUUACUGGUAAAAUUCCAAAAGAGCUAACAGAUCUUCCACUCUUGACAACUCUUUUACUUGAUCGGAAUCAGCUCUCCGGGCAUUUUCCUUCAAAAAUACUCUCAUGGAAUUCACUAACGACUUUAAGUCUCAAAAGAAACCGACUCUCCGGGAAAAUUCCAGCUGAGAUUGGUUCUUUGCCUGUGCUUAAUUAUUUGGACUUGUCGGAGAACAAAUUCUCGGGUCAAAUUCCACCUCAAGUUGGCCAAUUGAAGCUAAAUUCACUCAACCUUUCUUCUAAUCGUCUCAGAGGGAGAAUUCCAUAUCAACUUGAAACACCCUUCUUCGAUAGCAGUUUCUUAAACAAUCCUGGUCUUUGUACAAUUAACCCAUUACUGGGCCCUAAAAUUUGCCCUUCAGGAGCCAGAAAAUCUAGCAGAAUCUCCUCCCAGCUUUUAGCUAUAUUGAUAGGUAUAUCAUCAAUUGUGUUCAUUUUGGCUAUUAUAUUCACGUUAUUUGUGAUAAAAGUUCAUGGAAAGAGAGAGCUUGGAUUGGAUUUGACGUGGAAACUCACUUCAUUUCAGAGGUUGAACUUUACAGAGUCCAGCAUUUUGUCGAGCUUGACCGAAAAUUGCAUGAUAGGAAGUGGGGGGUCGGGGAAGGUGUAUCGCGUUGCUGUAAACCACUCAGGAGGUGAAUUUGUUGCUGUUAAGAGGAUUUCGAACAACAGAAAGUCGGACCAAAAUCUCGAGAAGCAAUUCCUAGCAGAAAUAGAGAUACUGGGCACAAUUCGCCACUCCAACAUAGUGAAAUUAUUGUGUUGCAUGUCAAAUGAGACCUCAAAACUUCUUGUUUACGAGUACUUGGAAAAUGGUAGCUUGGAUCAAUGGCUCCACGGAAGGGAGACGACUAGGCAGCCGGGUUCAGUCCAUCAUGUCAUCCUGGACUGGCCUAAGAGGUUCCAGAUUGCAGUUGGAGCAGCACAGGGGCUGUGCUACAUGCACCAUGACUGCUCACCACCUAUUGUCCAUCGCGAUGUGAAAUCAAGCAAUAUCUUGUUGGAUCCUGAAUUCAAUGCGAAAAUGGCAGAUUUUGGCUUAGCCAAGAUGUUGAUGAAGCAUGGCGAGCCUAAUACAAUGUCAGCUGUGGCUGGCUCGUUUGGGUACAUUGCUCCAGAGUAUGCUCACACAACAAGAGUGAACGAGAAGAUCGAUGUGUAUAGCUUUGGAGUAGUCCUUCUAGAACUAGCAACUGGAAGGAGAGCCAAUGAUGGAGACGAAGAUAUGGGUCUAGUAGAAUGGGCGUGGCAUCAAUUGCAAGAAGGCAAGUCCAUAGAAGAUGCAUUGGAUGAGGAGAUCAAGAAACCUUGUUACUUGAAGGAGAUGAGUAAUGUGUUCAAGCUCGGGAUCAAUUGUACUUGCACACUGCCUUCGACCAGGCCCACCAUGAAGGAGGUUUUGCAAAUACUGCUACUAUGCAACUGCACUGGCAUGCCGAGACGAUAAUGGUUGAAGUGAGUACGAUGCCACUCCGGAAAAAAGAGAUGGUUUCUCUCUGACAUUCAUCGGUACAACAAAGGACUUGAACCCUCCAUCUUUUGAUAUAGAAUAAAGUGGAGCAUCUAUUUCUUCGAUUGGUCCCUUAUCCUUCCAUUUGAAAGAUAUCACUUGAACUUACAGUUUUAUCUCUUUUGAUUGACAAAUUGUCAUGUACUUUGCGUGAGGGAAAGGGUAGGUUCUCUAGGAUUUGAAAUGUUGAUUCCUAUUUAUGAGGAUCUUUCCGAACCUCCUUGUACGCACGCCCGCAUAAGCUUUUGAUGGGCAUAUUGCAAUCUGAAAUUCACACUAGUUUUCAUUACCUCCUCCUAGUAAAG